AUGGAGCGACCAAGCGUUGCUUUUUCAGCGCCUGGCAAGGUACUACUGGCUGGCGGCUAUCUCGUCUUGGACAGAGACUAUACGGGCUUUGUUUUUGGACUGGACGCUCGCAUACAUGUUCAUGUGCAGACUUUGCAGACAUCUCCUGGCCUCACCCUUUCCGAGAUCAUUGUCAAGUCCCCCCAGUUCCGGGAUGCAGAAUGGCGGUAUGGCUACCGCGAGACUGAAGAGAAUGGUGGCAUUGAGGUGACCCAACUGAAAGGUCAUUCCACAUCCUCACAAUCUCGAAAUCGAUUCGUCGAAACAGCUCUUGCCUACGCACUAACGUACGUAUCGGCUGUCGACUCUACUAGAAUUGGGCCGGCAUCAAUUACGAUCCUAGCUGAUAGAGACUACUACUCUCACUCCGGAUCUUCUGGCAACGAUAUCCCAUCUACAGUAGAUCGAUUUCUUGACUUCAAUAUACCUCUCCACCAAGCGCACAAAACUGGGCUCGGAUCAUCCGCUGCACUUGUUACUGCCUUCAUAACCGCUGUGGUCGCGCAUUAUGCUCCGCUAGAGGUAGCUGAUGCGAGCUCGAUGCUGGAGAAAUUGCGACUUCACAACCUCGCUCAAGCAGCACACUGUGCUGCACAAGGCAAGAUCGGAUCGGGCUUUGACGUAGCAGCCGCGGCCUGCGGAUCAUGUACUUACAAAAGGUUUUCGCCCUCAAUCCUAGAAGGACUGGGAGAUGUGGGAAGCAAAGGCUUUUCCACUCGCUUACAGUCAAUAGUCGAAGAUACGGAUUCGUCUAAAAAAUGGGACACAGUUAUAGACAAGAAAUCUGCUGCCACUGUGCCAAAAGGGUUAAGGCUGGUCAUGUGUGACGUCGACUGCGGCUCAGAGACAGUUGGAAUGGUCAAGAAUGUUCUCUCAUGGAGGAAGGCAAAGCCCGAGGAAUCAGUACUCCUAUGGCAAACUCUGCAGAAAGGAAACGAGGACCUUGCUUUAGAGUUUCAUAACUUGGCAUCUAAACCCGCAGGCCAGGCUGAAGAUUACGAGGGCCUACGCACAGUGAUAUUGACAAUACGAUCUUCGAUCCGUGAGAUGUCAACGAAGUCUGGCGUGCCAAUUGAGCCCGAGGUGCAAACGAAGCUGAUAGAUGCCUGCUGUCGUUUGCCUGGAGUCGUGGGCGGUGUAGUGCCUGGCGCUGGAGGGUACGACGCUAUUGUUCUACUCGUUGAGGACAAGCGUACUGUGAUUGAUGGCUUGCAUCAAUUUCUCGACGAUUAUCGAGUGAAUGCUGAUCAGGGUCACGGAGAUAGCAUUGGAAAGGUCCGGCUACUGGGAGUGAAGCAGGAGGAUCGGGGUGUACAGGCGGAAAAUUCAAUUAUCUACGAUGGCUGGCUUAAAUAA